AUGUCCUCCGACGACGCCUACAUGUCCUUCCUGGACAAAGCGAACGCAGAUGUGAGCGGCAGCGCCCCACAGCAAGGGACCGGCACCGUCAAAACCGAGACCGUGCACAGCUCCCUGUCAGUGCCAAAGGCGCUCCAGUCCGUCGACGCAUACUACAUCUCAGAUACAGACGAGCCCUUCGAGCCUGUGGCAUUGAAGUGGGAUGGCGCUGCCAAGGGAGCGUGGCCUAGUGCUGACCAGCUCUCCUCCCUGAUCUCCCCAGACAGCGACCUGUCCCAGUCCAUCUCCAUUCUAUCCCCCUCCUCCUUCGACCCAAAAAAUCAGUACUCUGCCGCUCUAGAUGCUGUCCGCGCCGCGGCUGUCGAGAAGGAUUCUGGUGCAGAUAAGUCAGCCGUUGAGCUGAAGGUCUAUCGUGUUGAACAAACUAGUACCAAGAUCGAGUACUGGGUUCUGGCACUACAUGCGCCUGAGAGCCGUCUUGUCGGUUUGCGCGCCAAGGCUGUUGAGUCGUAG